ACAGCAAGACGAGGGAGAGGGCGGAUAUCUCCGCUCUGUCCCGUCCCAGAACAGAGCGCUGAGGGCGCAGCCUCCCACGCCCCUCUGACGUCGCCGGGAUUUUUGUCGACUGUCUUCCGUUCUUGGGAAACACAAGCGAGUGGAGCUGGGACCUGGUGACCGAGUUCGUGGGUGCUGCCUCCCCGCCUGAGGAUCAUGCAGGACUUGGUGUCGCUGCGCUUCUUGUUGCUCGUCCUGCCCGGCUGGCUGGCGCUCCCGCCGCCGUCCGAAGCUCACCCGGGCUGCGAUAACUUCUCUGUGAGUCUUCAGCCACCAAGUAACUUGACUGCGGCACAGAGAGGGAUUGGCUUAAUUAAUUAUAGCUGGACUCCAAGUCAUCUCAAACAUACCAAGAAGUAUUUUUUAAGAUAUGAAAGUUCAUUUAAAUAUGAUGGUGGUGAGUGGCAGGGAACAAAAGUAAAUCCUCUUUCGAGCCGUGAAGAAGUCCUGCUUCUUAAUAAGGGCAUCAAGUUCCGAGUGAAGGCAUUGGUGGCAUUGACUACAGAGGAGAAUUCUAGUCCGCCUACUUGUCAACAAAGUGGCUGGGUUUAUACUUAUACCGGUGCUGUAGAAGGAGACAGUAACACCACCGUCACAAACUUUAAUUGCUUUUUCUACAACUUUGAAUAUGUAAAUUGUACUUGGACUUCUGGAAGCAUGGCACCACCUGACACGAUCUAUAUCUUCCAUUACUGGCAAACAUUCAUGGACACUAUUCAGAACUGCACCAAUUACACUAUUAAAAAUGGCAGGCGUGUGGGUUGCCUAAUUUCACGUGACCUGUUCAAUGCCUACAAGGAUUUGAAUAUUCAAGUUUCAGGAAGCAGUUUUACUACAAAGAUAAAACCUUUCUUCUACAAGCUGGAAAGCUAUGCCUUUGUGAAACUACAACCACCUUGGCUGAAAAAUGUGUCAAAGACUCGUGAAGGGAUUUAUGUGAACUGGGAGAUCCCUGAGCAUUGGAAAAAACAAUGUUUGCUCUAUGAAGUAAGAGUUAAGAGCAGCAAGACGAGUUCCUGGAACUAUUAUUCGAGCAAAGAUCAAGAGAAAAAUAUCACUGAUGCAGAUCUCAAUUCAAAUAACAGCAUCCAGGUGCGAGUCCAGUACACUACUACAUGUGGAAAAUCAGAAUUAUGGAGUGAAUGGAGUGAAGUGCGAUAUAUUGGAGAGGACACCAAAGAAUGGAAUUGGAACAUUGCUUUACUUAUCUUCAUCCCUGUAUUAGUGGCUGUAAUUGCAAUCAUCUGCCUCACAAACCUGAAGAAGCUUAAGAAGUGGAUCCUCCCACCAAUUCCCGAUCCAGGAAAACUGCUCAGGGGUGUGUUUGGAGACUCAAAUGGCGACAACACAAUCAGGAAUAAACAGCUGAACGGAAGUUUGACUUUAAAACCUGAAAUGGAAUUAACCUGCAAUGUUACAACAGUGGAACAAUUGAAAUUUCCUGCAGAAAGCGAAAGGAAACUGAUUGUGAAUGAAUGUUCAGAGGAAAAUGAGGAGGUCCCCAUGGAUGAUCAUUAUAUGCAGUAUAACCUGGUGACAUCGUGAUCAUAGCACAUUCUUGUAUUUUGACACUUAUAUACUGUUUUUUUUUCCUGAUUUGCAAACAGGACAUUCUGAUACACAAAAUCUACAGCCUCAAACAGACAGAGUGAGCCAGUGAGCAUUCAGAAUGCAAGAAUGAAGAAUCUCUCACGAUUCUCAUCAUCAUUAUCCAACCUGAUCACUCGGUCAAACAGUGAUAGCUGUCACAGACUGCCUCAGCCGCAGCUCUUUGUUCUGGUUCGUCAUACCGAGAUCUGUUCUGGUCUCAUUUUGGACAAUCGGCAAUUUGCUCUUGUCUGUCAGCCUCAAGCAGUGAGUUUGUGGCAGGUUUCGUUUGUAUCACUGGCUACCUGUGCAGAUGAGGAGAGCAAACCAGUUCAGCACAGACUGUCCACUAAGAGCGUGAACAUACUGAAUAGGAUUCCAGUACUAUGAAGACCACAGGAGUUGUGUCUCACCAUGUUAACAUCGGACAUUCACCAUUUGCUGGCUAUAUCAGUGAGGGAUAGUGUAUAAGAAUUACCGCACUGGUUCAUGUUUGCGUGUGUGCACCCCCCAGUCAAAGGUGCAGGCACCCACACACACGCACCCCUCAGACACGUGCGCACACACAAAAACAUGCACACUCUCCCCACAGAGGCGGACACACAUGCACGCUUGCCCCUCAGAGGUGUACGGACACACACACACACCCCCCCCCAGAGGCACAAACACACACCCCUUGGAGGCACACACAUACACCACCCUCGUAUGUGCACACUGGGAUAUAUCCGUGUUUGCUGAAAAGACAAGGAUGUGCAUGGACUGUUGCAGAAGUAUCUAACAGAUGGGUAUACAAACAUCCUCAUAUACUUAAAAGCACAUUUACGUACCAAACCUACAUGCUAAGUAUCAACCUACUGCACACAACCACGCCAGACUUAACGUAUAUAACAGAGACACACACACACACACACUCAAGUUCAGCCUCAAGCUCGCCCACCAGUGUAUACCCACUUUGAGUUACACUUGUGUUCUAACUUAAGCAUAUGUCUGCACAAGAUUUAAUUUUAUACUAUUUCAAGGGCAAGGUUGUGCAACAGGAUAUAACCACAUACAUUGCUAUUUCUCCCAGUGGCUAAACUUCAGAACAUUGGUUUCAGGUAUAUCAGAGAUUUGUCAUUUAAAAGAGCAAAUAAACUUUCAAACUCCAAA